AUGAACCUGAGUUCCAACCUACAGUUGCAACCUGGCUCCUGUGUGGUGCGUGAUGCCUCUGGGGACCUGAAUGACACAGUGACUGCCAGCUUGGGCACCUGUGAGGGACUGGCCUGUGGCUAUGGCUGGAACUUUACCAAUUGCUCCCAGCAGCACAGCUGCCGCUAUGGCCUCAUUAACUACUACCAGAGCAUGAGCAUGGUGUCAGCCUUCGCACCCCUGAUCACGGCUGGCAUCUUUGGGGCCACUCUCUCCUCUGCCCUGGCCUGCCUCGUCUCUGCUGCUAAAGUCUUCCAGUGCCUGUGUGAGGACCAGCUGUACCCCCUGAUCGGCUUCUUUGGCAAAGGCUACGGCAAGAACAAGGAGCCUGUGCGUGGCUACCUGCUGGCCUACGUCAUCGCUGUGGCCUUCAUCAUUAUCGCUGAGCUCAACACCAUUGCCCCCAUCAUCUCCAACUUCUUCCUGUGCUCCUACGCUCUCAUCAACUUCAGCUGCUUCCAUGCCUCCAUCACCAAUUCACCCGGGUGGAGACCCUCCUUCCGCUACUAUAGCAAGUGGACAGCACUAUUUGGAGCAGUGAUCUCCGUGGUCAUCAUGUUCCUUCUUACCUGGUGGGCGGCUCUCAUCGCCAUUGGAGUUGUCCUCUUCCUUCUGCUGUACGUGAUCUACAAGAAGCCAGAGGUGAACUGGGGCUCCUCGGUGCAGGCCGGCUCUUACAACCUGGCCCUGAGCUACACCGUGGGCCUCAACGAGGUGGAGGACCAUAUCAAGAACUACCGCCCCCAGUGCUUGGUGCUCACGGGCCCCCCCAACUUCCGCCCAGCCCUGGUAGACUUCGUGGGCACCUUCACCCAGAACCUGAGCCUGAUGAUCUGUGGCCAUGUGCUCAUCGGACCCCACAAGCAGAGGAUGCCGGAGCUCCGGCUCAUUGCCAAUGGGCACACCAAGUGGUUGAACAAGAGGAAGAUCAAGGCGUUCUACUCGGACGUCAUUGCUGAGGACCUCCGCAGCGGGGUCCAGAUCCUCAUGCAGGCUGCAGGGCUGGGAAGAAUGAAGCCCAACAUUCUGGUGGUGGGAUUCAAGAAGAACUGGAGGUCUGCCCCGCCGGCCACGGUGGAGGACUACAUUGACAUCCUGCAUGAUGCCUUUGAUUUCAACUAUGGUGUGUGCAUCAUGAGAAUGCGUGAGGGGCUCAACAUCUCUGAGGUGAUGCAGGCACACAUUAAUCCCAUGUUUAACCCAGCGGAGGAUGGCAAAGAGGCCAGCAAGAGUGGGGCCAGGCCCUCUGUGUCCAGCACAGUGGAUGCCGAGGCCCUGGUGCGGGAGGAGCAGGCACGCACCAUCUUCCAGUCUGAGCAGGGCAAGAAGACCAUUGACAUCUACUGGCUCUUCGAUGAUGGAGGACUCACCCUCCUCAUUCCCUACCUCCUCCACCGCAAGAAGAGCUGGGGCAAAUGCCGGAUCCGUGUGUGUGGGGGCCAGAUCAACAGGAUGGACCAGGAGAGAAAGGCAAUUGUUUCUCUGUUGAGCAAGUUCCGAUUGGGAUUCCAUGAAGUUCACAUUCUUCCCGACAUCAAUCAGAAGCCUCAGGCUGAACGCACCAAGAGGUUUGAGGACAUGAUUGCGCCCUUCCGCCUGAAUGAUGGCUUUAAGGAUGGGGCCACGGUCGCCGAGAUGAGGCGGGAUUGCCCCUGGAAGAUCUCGGAUGAGGAAAUUAACAAGAACAGAGUCAAGUCCCUUCGGCAGGUGAGGCUGAAUGAGAUCCUGCUGGAUUACUCCAGAGAUGCAGCGCUGGUGGUGAUCACCUUGCCCAUUGGGAGGAAGGGAAAGUGUCCCAGCUCACUUUACAUGGCCUGGCUGGAGACCCUGUCCCAGGAUCUCAGACCUCCCGUCAUCCUGAUCCGUGGAAACCAGGAGAGCGUGCUCACCUUUUACUGCCAGUAA